AUGGGUGGACUCAUAACUGUUAUAGCUAAGCAUUUUGGGUUUAAUCCGGAAGAGCAUCCUUUACCAGCACUUUUAGACACUCUAUAUUUUGAUGCUACUCACCUAUACAAAACUGGAUUCAGUUUGCCACCUAUUGACACUGCACAACCAGCAGCAGAUACAGGACCCACUGCACAACCAGAGGCACAAUCUGUACCAUCAGUCCAACAACAUUCUACUAAACCUGCACCACCCACUCAGUCUGCACAUGAUACCCCAGCAGAUUCUGCACAGCCUACACCUUCUGCAACUGGACCUUCUUCAUCCACACAUUAUUGCGUUUACAGCAAAGGAACAAUGGACGAAAGUAGAGUUACCCAUAUAUCAAUUCAGCUUUGCCAAAAGCUUCUUAACCCUUCUGCUGUUCAUGGGCACUCCCAGUUUAGUAUUUUCAGAGUACCUAAUCAGCUACGAAAAGUCUAUGAAAAGGCUUAUGAGCCGCAAAUAGUUUCAAUUGGCCCUUACCAUCGCGGUAAAGCUCACCUUCAGGGGAUGGAGAAGUACAAAAUGCACCUUCUAAGACAACUCCUAAAAAGAAUAAUAAGAAGAAGAGGAGGAGAAGGAGGAGAAAACGAAAUUCAAGAGGAAGUGCGAAAAUUUGUCGUGGCCAUAGGGGCAUUGGAAGAAAGUGCUCGUCAAUGCUAUGACCAACCAAUUUGUCUUCACUCGGAGGAGUUUGUGCAAAUGAUGAUUGUUGAUGGCUGCUUCAUUAUUGAGCUAAUUCGCAGUUUUGUGGAUGUGGAUAAUCGGAGACAGGAAGAUGACCCUAGCUUUGUACUAAAACUCGACUUGUACAUCACAAGCCGGGAUUUUUUACUACUCGAAAACCAACUUCCUUUGUUUGUUAUGUUGGAGUUGUUUAAUCUGAUGAAGAUACCAAGUCAACAGAAUUGUGACUUGAUAUGCAUGAUCACCACUUACCUGAAAUAUCAAAAUCUAUUAAUUGGGUUUCCAGUUAUUCAGGGCAUCUCUUCCCCAGAAUGCAAACAUCUAUUGGACUUGAUACACCAUUAUUGGCUUCCUUCCAGCAUAUUGAGGGGGAGAAUUCUGGGGCAAAGGGAUGAAUUAAAAGUCAUAAGAUGUGCCACAGAGCUCAUAGAAGCUGGAAUCAAGUUUAAAAAGGUGGAUGCUCAUCCAGAGGGAAGGGGACCUAGCAUGUUUGAUAUAAGGUUUAAAAAUGGAAGGCUAGAAAUCCCAACCCUAAUCAUUGAAGAUGAAACAGAGUCUUUCCUGCGCAAUAUCAUUGCAUAUGAGCAGUUGCCUCUUGCAAAUGAUAUAUGUUAUGCCACCGAUUACAUGAUAUUGAUGGAUUGCCUGAUCGACUCCCGGAGGGAUGUGCAAUUACUUUGUAGAUGUGGAAUUAUUGACAACCGGCUAGGUGACGAUGAGGUGAUUGCUACCUUGUUCAAUAGGCUUGGAGAUUAUGUAAUCCCAUCCUCUUGUCACUUCUUUUACUCUGAAUUAUUCAGCCAAGUGAACAAGCAUUGCAGCAAGAAAAAAAAUAAGUGGAUGGCUAAGCUGAGGCAUGACUAUUUCAACAGCCCAUGGGCAGUGGUCUCUUUCUGGGCUGCGGUUGCACUUCUGUUUUUUACUUUCUUACAAACCAUAUACACUGUUCUAGCAUUUUACAAAUAACUACUCAAAGCCAAUCAGAGGUAUCAUGUAGGGAGUAGGAAGUCUAAGGUUAAGUCUUUUUAUCUAUAUAUUUUAAGAUUAUUAAAAAAAAAAAGUGUCUCUUGCUAUGUAGCUCAUUAGUUAUUAAUUAAUCC